UCACUGCGGAAGUCUGACUUUGAAGCUAGGAUGUCACAACUUCCUGCUGGGCCCCUGAAUUUCUUUUGAACUAUGUCAGAGUUUUGUUGGUUAAGAUGGUGAAUAUGUGCACAUUACAAGUGAUCCAAAGUCCCGGACAAGAAGUGACAAGCUUACUCAGUGUCUCAGUUUUUGCAGUGAGGCUGACCUACAUCUGUGCGUUUCUGUAAUGCAGAAUUAAAUUGAGAAUAUAACAGACAAUACGCAACUUAGCACCUUUGCACAUCAUCGACUGUGUUAUUUCCGUUAUUUUUUUUCAAAAUACACACUUGUGUCGGGUGGUCUUUGAAUACGUGUGGGAGGACAGGAAGUGGUGAGCUUCUCACAUGUGAAAGGAGCCCCAUCAGUAGCUACACUUGGUCUCAGGUCAUGAAUGCAUCAGGUAGAAUGGAUAGACUGACAUUUAUCUACCUGCUGAUAUUUUGCUGUUUUACAUUCGUCUGCAUCCAUGGAAAAGGUCAUGACUUUCCUUCAUGUUUCGUUGUCUUGCUGGUCCAAAAAGGCACAACAUUCAUUACUGUCCCACAAUCACCUCUGACAGUCUGCUGUCCUGUCAGACACUGCGGAGAAUCACUGAGUGUCACUUGGUGCAAACUGCUCGACACAGGCGAAUGUAAACGGAUAAACUACACAGAGAACAGAGAAAUCAUACUGACUGAAAAACUCGUUAACGACAGACUGAUCUCGUAUUUGACCUUCACACGGAUUUCCAUUCACGACGACGGCCUGUACGGAUGUUCUUUAAAAGAAUACGGACCUGAUGUGCUGAUCAGUCACAAAAUCAACAUCUCAGUUUCAGAGUCAAACAAGGGGGUUAAACCAUUUGAAUGUGUUACAGAAGUUGAGCUGCCAAACACUGCUGCUGGUGACGACAGCAAGUCCUGGCUGCCCUUCCUUGCCACCUGUCUUACCGUAGCUCUUCUGGUUGUCACACAAACAGUGAUAACCCUCCUGAGUUUUUAUGUCCAGAAACGAAUGCUGACCCACAACCACACAAAGGAAUAGGAAACAUCAUCAGCCCACAUUAUACCUGACCUCCGCAGUGGAAGUCCUCUUUUCCCUUUUUUUCUGCAACCUCACCUUUCCAUUGUGAAAUACACCAACUUUCCAACUACUACAGAAAGACCACCACCACAUCCUGCCCUGGUGACCAGUGGGACCCACACAGCAGAUGGAAGUCAAGCGUCAGACCGUGCAGUGUACACUGUCGUCAACUACCGAUGGUCGGGGGUACCUGCCAGUGGAAAGCCUGCUUCGAUACAACAAAAUAAAAACAUCAAUGUUUCGUGAACAUUUUGGCCUUUUUGCUCAUAGCAAAGCGAAGAACCACACUGCAGAAAAGCUAAAUGGGCGAGGCUUGUGGUCAGGCAGAUGCAACGUACCGUCAUAUUAAAAUUAACCAGACUCAACCAGAAACAGCAUCUCACCCUCUGGUUUGUUCAAGGCAAUGCUACGUUUAAGUGAAUAAUAUUUUCUUGACAUAUUUUCAGUUGUUUUUAACUUCCUCUGGUCUUUUUUUGACUUAUUUAACUUUGUUUGCCAAAGCUUUCAUCGUCUUUGUGAAAAAAAAAAAAGCUUGUGUGUGAGUACAUUAGCCAUGAUGUGCAGACUCACUCAAUACUUAUUGUGAACUCUUCUGUCUGAUUUGAAAGUAUAAAGACUGAAGUUUGCGAGGCGUCUUUGUCUGUAAAAAAGAAAAACUUUAAGUGCUGCAAUAAAAUCAUUGGCUGCUCUGUAA